AUGGAACCGAAGCGUAAAGAAGGCAUUACAAUCUGUAAUAACGCAGUGCUUUUUGUUUUUGGUUUGCUGUCUUUGAUAAUCGGUAUUGUGAUGGUGUUUGUAGGCGCGGCGAAGAUUCACUCUGCAGAUGAAGACUGCUCAACUCAAGCGCCUUCCACUGCGGAGAGCAUCGCAUCGCCUCAGUCGCCUUCUUGCGACUUCUCAUCCGAAGCUGUUGGCGUCGGUUUGCCUCGUUUGUUAGAAGAAGUAAAAACUGCGUAUUUUUUACACACUCCGAAUAAAGCCGCUUGGAAUCCGGACAUGACAAAAGAAUCCGAAAAGGAGCAAUAUAUGAAAACAAGGUAAGGAAAUUAACCAUACUUUUAUGAGUAAUUUGCGCCCUUCAGGGAGCAUUUAAGGUCAUUUCUACGUCUUCUAUCAUCCAAAUACGUCAAAUUGUAUGUAAAGAUCGACGCUAGGGCUUGUGCGGGUCGAAAAUCUUACCCUUAAUCGUAAGUUAUUGGAGUCCUUGUCAAUGUCCUUUAAUCUGAACCAUACUCGCUCCUAUCAGGUUCAUUCUUUCUUGCCAUGCCGAAGUUUGUCAGCUUUAUAUUAGUAAACUACUAUGUCAAAGUUAGUGCUAUUUUUGCUGUGACGCUAAAAUCGAAUAGGAACCUGGUUUCUUUCAAGUGAACGAGUGCUGAAUAUUUGUUAAUUAUCCAGUGAAAGUCACAAAAUCUACUUUAUACUAGAGGAUAAAUGAUAAGAAGUCUAAUAGUUGGAAAGUGGUCUACAUAUACCCUGCAAUAAUAAUGUCUUACUGGUCUGCCCCCGUAUUAUCCUCUCCAGAUAUCACGUAAGCUGACGUAAGCUACUGCAUUAAUGUCAUUUAAAUGUUUACCAACGCUAACGUAAAUUGAAAGUCAAACAUUUCGUUUGAGUGCCAAAUUUUAAGCUCCCCCAAACUAAAAGAAAAACAACCACAGACACGACUCGACACAUUUCUCAAGUGCUUAAUGUUAUCAGUAAUGACGAUGACACGGUACCGCAGCUGGAGAAUGUUUUUGGCAGAACAUUCAUUGCUUGCUCCUUUGAUUCCCUUGGAAAGGUAAUUUUAAGACUCUUUCCGGAAAAUAAAGAAAACGGAUGAAGUACAGCAGGGUAAUGUUAUUUCAACCGCUAGGUUUUUUGAUCGUAUUUAUCGAAAGGAAGCUUGGAUUGGCUCUGCAAAAACUGAUAAAGGGAUGAAAGUUAGCGGUGAGAAACUGUCGGCAACGUUAACGAGAUAAAUAGAAGGAUAGAAAUUCUUGGGUAAAGUAGGUAAUGUCCUACGAACUGUCUUGUUGUUAUCAUUUGCAGAUCGUCUGCAGGGCAGGUAAAGGAAAAGGUUUCGCAUAAGUCACGAAAAAGAGCAAAGAAAAAUACGAGUUCCAGGCCCUUGAGGUUUUAGGCCUAAGACCUUCUUCAUGUUUUUACAAGUGAUUAAAUAGGUGUUUAACUGAGCAAUUUGGGAAAUAUUGCCUAAAUUUAGUAACUUCGUUUUAAUCGCCUCCCUCUCUCACUGCUCUUAUCAUCGUCCCUUAUUGGUUUUUUGGUGAACCUUGUGGGAUUUUUUUCCUUCUUUCAGGAGAGUACGAUGCGUCAGCUGGCAUGCAUGUUUGUAAAUUCUAUGAGAUAUUUUUGAGAUAACGCUGCGAUUUAUUGACAACUAACUAAUCGCAUCGAUUUUUUGCCGAGAAAAUAAUCUUUGGUAUUUACCCUUACAAAUCCGUCUGCACAGAAUCGGUCCAUUUAUGCGCUAAGUAAAUGGCAGCUUAAGAGGAUUCGCGUCGAUUAGGCUUCGUAAUCUUAGUUGGACUUACAAACGCGAAGUAUAGUCUGGCAAAAGUCCCGAGGUCGAUGAAGUUGAUACAAACUGAUUGGAUUAUGGUGAUAAUGCUGGCACAUUAACAGCCUCCUGGUUAGUAAUUGUUUCCCUGUUAGGUGUACAAGGAGCGCGGGUCAGUCGGGUAUUGAUUGGACGAGAUUAAUUUGGUUUUGUUUCGGGCAAGUGGACUUAGACGAAGGCACAGAGUUGUGGUCACUCACGAGGGUGGACGCAUACUGAGGCAUGAUUGACAUGUUUGUUAGUGUUUUAGCAUAACUUUGUGACCAAAAUUAAAUGAUUGAUAUCUUAUUUCCCAGACUGAAGUUCUCAGACACACCAGAACAACAUCUCGAAAAAAAAAAACUCUUUUACUUCAUAGGUACCGCCCCUACGACCCAUCCCCUGAGGUUCUUAAGCGAAAGACUGACGCUGCUCUUGCUCUGUUGGAAAAGCUGAAAGAAACCAAGGUGGACGAAAGGAAGCUGAAAGCUCGGGAGGCUAAAGCUUUGUGGCAGGUAUGAAUAGAAAUCUUAAUUGGACUAUCCUCUUUUGUUCUAAGGUCAGUAUGAAGGAGCUUUAUCUCAUACAAUAUGGGUAAAGACUUUCUCAAUUUCUGAGCACAAGUUCUGCGAGGCCCGCUAAUGAUCAUUGAAGAUACUAAAAGGGAGACGGUAUAGUGAUAAGAGACAAAUGGCUGUUAACCAGUUUGAUAGGUUGAGAUAUUUUCGAAAGCUGUUUCUCUCAGCUUUUCAAUGCUAGGAAUUUUCAAGUUCUUCUCUUAAAUUUCUGACAGAAUCCUUUCCACCCCUAAAGGGCUUGCUAUGGGUUAUCUGACUCGCUUUUGUUGGUGCUGUCAUGUCAACAGGCAAAGCAUUUCCUUCAGCACGUGUUUGGUUCGCCGUUUGAUGUCAACUAUUAUGCAGGUGAUUGGCUAAUGGGACCAAACUACUUCUGCUGGCAGCCAAUCUGCAGCGUGCCGUAUGACUUGAAUUCUUUUGCUUGGUACGUCAAGCCACGUUCCUACAACGAUGUACAACUUGUGAUUGACAUCAUCAAGAUGCACAAGAAUACGUUUGAUCAGUACAGGUGGGUGAAGGAAAUGGUUUUGUUGCCUAUGUCACAGACGCUCGGCGAGGAGGCGAGUGUCACGCUCGUGAGAGAGCAGACACGCGGGAUUACCGCGCCGUCGCGCGCGUUUUUCUUGCUCGCGCUCGACAGUCUAAACUACUCGCACUAGCUGAGAUCUGGUGCAGCCUCAUGGGUUUUUGACACUUUUCUUUCUGGUAGUUAAAAAAAGUCUUCAAGAUCGAAGAGCCUGCUUGUAAACCUCACUGUUGCACUGAAAAAUUUCGUGGAGCUCAAAAUCAAUUUCAUAAGUUUUGAAGACAGUUUCACUGAUUAAUUUAUGUUCCCUUCAGUUUUGCGUGAAACAACUCUCGUCAUGCAAUACGUUUCUUCAAGAGAAAUAAGACCCAUGCUGAAAUUUCAAUCCUCGAUAAGAUGCCAACUGCCUUUUGAACAGCGUAGCUAUAAUCUUAUAUUCGCUUCCCCCAAGUCAUGUGACCUGUAUCCAACUUGACAUCAACAGAAAUAACAUGGCCAUGGGAGUCAAAGCAGGUAUGGUUCGAUCGGACAUUGAUUGUAGGGCGGGUCUUGACGCUAUCAAAGAAACCUAUCCCAAAAUAGCACAGAACAAUGCCUCUACAGGCGUAUUACACGAGUGGUACGUCGCACAGUAUCUCAAGUCUCAGUACCUGGAGAGGUUGAACUCGAAAGUGGAUGAUCUAUGGAAAACCAAACACUCUGGUCAGAGUGUGCAAGAAGCUAUUAAAGAGGCCUUGGUGAAGGGUUUUGGCGAACCAGUUCUCAGCCUAAUUCAUUAUCUUGAAUAUGAACAUAGCCGUCAUUGCCUGCCGAUAAAAGUGGCCAGCGGACUUGCUAAUUUGCCCGUCGAUUACGUGUACACCGAUGGUGUUCCGGAUGUUAAGAAUAAAACAAAGAAAGUUCUUCCAGGUACUGCACGGGAGUUGAAUGGCACUAAAACGUACAGUAUGAUUUUAUCAUACUUCACAACGACUAACAUUUCAGCGGAAACCAUAUACCAGGAGGGAAGAAAACAACUCAAAACCCUCAUGCCCCAGGUUGGUCUCUUUUCUUUUGGUGCAAGAAGUAAAAUAUUUGUGUGUUUAAGAACCCUUUUUUUCUCACAUGAAGACGCAGACUGGUUUUUCACGAGACUUGAGGUUCUGUACAAUCAAGACAUGUGUCCAUUGAUAAUCGAUGGUGGACAUUGGAUCAUCGACCGUUGAUCAUUGAUUAGUGACAAUUGAUAGUUGAUAGUUUAUAUUUGAUAAUAGACAGUUGAUAAUUGAUAAUGAUUUAAAUUAAAAACUGUGAUGAUUGAUAUAAUUGUUAUUUAUCAGAUAUUUCUUCCAUAUUGUUUUAGGUCUAUAAAAUUGCAAAACUUCUGACUGGCAGGAAUAAGAGAUCCAAAGCAAUCGAAGAAUUUAAAAUUCUCCUAAAUGGUCCCGAACAGUGGCACAAUUCUGCACCAUUUCCGGCGAAUGAAAGUGACGAGCGUGCGCACCAAGCUUGUCGCGACCCAGACUCUGCAAAGAAGAAUUGUCCUCGGCGCUGGGCGGCCGUUGUGAAAUGGGGCGAAUACAUUAAUGAAGUAAUGAGUAUGAUAGCUCCCAAGAUUCGAUCGAUGUUUUACUUUAGUGGUCCCAAGAUCACGGCGCCUAACUGCCCAAUACAGAUGUGGCCGCAUUACAACCCCUCUAACGGCGCCAUGUAUUUCCGGUCAAGCGACAGUAACUGUACAACGCCAUGUCAUUUCGGCCUACCGUUUUUCCUGAAGGAGUAUGGUCCAAAGUUCCAGGAAUGGUCUGUGAUUGGCCACGAGUCAAGGCCUGGGCACCACACUCAAAUGCAAGGUAAAUAACUUACUUGUUUCCCGGUUGAUCGGUUAUUGCUCGGAUGAUCACUUCGUCUUUCAAGUUACCGCUUUCCUGAUAUCAUCAGGGUGCAAGCGCUCUUCUUGAACCCUCAAAGCUCCCCUCUGCCAAGCGGUGGAGAGUAAUAUCUUGGUAGCAAAAAGGCACAUGCCAUCUUGUCGCAACGCGAACUAAUCGUUGGCAAUCAUGGUCUUGACCGACAGGCUUAGUUGAGCAUUUCCGUGACAGAUGUGGUGGUGUUCCACGAUGGCUGGACAAGCAAACGUCCUACGUAGCUUUUCAGGAGGGGUGGGCUCUGUAUGCUGAGAGUCCUCUUCUAUCCCACGAUGCUAGACUGUAUGAAGAGAAUUUCUUACAGCUUUAUGGCAUGAUCAAAUGGCAGGUAUGUUUGAAAAUUCGACGGGGCUUGGGGGCUGAAUAGUGGGCACAGUAGGGCCCUCGGCUGUCACAGCCCUUCUGUCUUUCAAUCGUCUUAAGAUCAACUCUUUCUUCUACUUAUUUAAUCAAGAGUAGAGUUCUCAGUAUUUUGAUAUGACAUCCUGCUGGUUAGGUUUGGCGAGCUGUGAGACUUGUGGUGGACACCGGACUUCAUUACAGAGGCAUGACGAGGUGAAAAAUAUUCCAGUUUAUGUCUCCAUUAACUUUUAGGCAAUUGAACUUAGUACUCUCCAGUCUAAACUAGCUGGGUAAUUGAUAUUCUCCCCUUUUCUUGUUGCUUGUGGGAAAACAGUAACAGUUUGUUUUUAUGAUAGGUCCGAAGCACUUAAAUACUUUGAAAACUCUACUUGGGAUACCACAGACUUUGCUGUAAAGGAAGUAACUAGAUACCAAAGUGUUCCCGGUCAGGCAACAGCCUACAUGUUAGGGAAACUGGCGCUAAUGGACAUGCGCACAAAGGUUGAGAAGGAACUGAAGAAGUCGUUUAAUUUGCGGGAUUUUCAUUAUCAUCUCCUUAGUCAAGGGUCUGCUCCACUUGGAUACCUCCAAAAUCAUAUUGAUAAAUACAUAGACUGCGAGAAAAAGAAAAUAGAACCUAAAUAUUGCGCUGACAUUCUGAGAUACUCUGAUGAACUUAGCGAUGAAGAACAAGUGUCAAAGAAGGAAAUAGAAUUUGAAGAAAAACAGCCGCCAAAACCUCCCCAUAGAAGCUAUGUGUAACAGGAACGCAAGCAUCACCUCACAGACAGUUUGACACAUGACUUGCGUUACUGCGCAUGGCCUGAGCCGACUGCCCAUCAAAGUUUCGUUCAAUGCUUCAGACAUGCGCAUAGAAAGCUCGACCGUAGCUUGGUU